CCAAGCAAGAACAAGCAAUAAACACGUUUUGUCUUAUAAUCAUCAUUAUGACGUCGUAGUGAGAGGCGCGCGGCUAUUCCUUGGAAGACCUUGAUUGACAGAUCAGGCAAAAAUAUAUUUUUUCCUGCAGAGUGGCAUUUGUAGCGUGUAGUGAUGCAUUUGGGAUUGGUUUGAGGCAGCAUCCGUUUCCGAGUAGAGCUAUGAAGUGUCCACUCAUAUGCAGUUUAUAAUUAGUUGAAGGUUCUUUUCGUCCAGCUCAACUGCACUGCAUUGCACUCACUGCAUUACAUUGUUUUGGCUUUGGAGUUGGAGUAAGUAUGGGAUUGCCUGCUCUAGAAUUCAGUGACUGUUAUUUGGACAGCCCGCAAUUCCGAGAGAGGCUCAAGUCUCAUGAACUGGAGCUGGAGAAGACCAACAAGUUCAUCAAGGAGCUUAUUAAGGAUGGGAAAGCUUUAAUUCAAGCACUGAAAAAUUUGUCUACUGUAAAGAGGAAGUUUGCAGAGUCACUGAACGAAUUUAAAUUCCAGUGCAUUGGAGAUGCAGAAACAGAUGAUGAGAUAUGCAUUGCCAAAUCACUGCAGGAGUUUGCGGGAGUCUUACAGAACCUGGAAGAUGAGAGAACACGGAUGAUUGAAAAUGCCAGCGAUGUGUUGAUUUUGCCCCUGGAACGCUUCAGAAAGGAGCAGAUUGGAGCUGCUAAGGAGGCAAAAAAGAAGUAUGAUAAAGAGACUGAGAAGUAUUGUACUGUGUUGGAGAAACAUCUGAGUCUGUCUGCCAAGAAGAAGGAAGCACAUCUUCAUGAAGCCGAUAAUCAGGUGGAUCAUGUGAGGCAGCACUUCUACGAGGUCUCACUGGAGAACGUCUUCAAAGUGCAGGAAGUUCAGGAGAGGAAAAUGUUUGAGUUUGUGGAACCGUUGUUGGCGUUUCUACAGGGUCUAUUUACUUAUUAUCAUCAUGGGUACGAACUGGCCAAAGACUUCAACCAUUUCAAGACAGAUCUCACAAUCAGCAUUCAAAAUACGCGGAACCGUUUCGAGAGCACGCGAUCAGAGGUGGAAUGUUUGAUGAAGAAGAUGAAGGAAAACCCGCACGAGCACAAGAGCAUCAGCCCACACACCAUGGAAGGAUAUCUGUUUGUGCAGGAGAAACGUUCUUUCGUUUCCACAUGGGUGAAGUACUACUGCAUCUACCACCGAGAGCCCAAGCGUAUGACUAUGCUGCUCUUUGAUCAGAAGUCUGGGGGCAAAAAUGGAGAAGAAGAAAGCUUCACACUCAAAUCCUGUACCAGACGGAAAACAGAUUCCAUUGAGAAGAGGUUCUGCUUUGACAUUGAAGGUGUAGACCGGCCUGGCGUGAUCACUAUGCAAGCUCUAUCGGAGGAAGACCGCAGACUGUGGAUGGAAGCCAUGGAUGGAAGAGAACCGGUUUACACAUUGACCCGUGACAGCCAGAAUGAAGCCAUGGCCCAAUUGGACAUCAUUGGCUUCAACGUGAUCAAAAAAUUCAUCUAUGCUGUCGAAACAAGAGGUAUUGAUGAGCAGGGGCUGUACAGGAUUGUUGGUGUGAGCUCUAGAGUGCAGAAACUACUGAGCCUGGCAAUGGAUCCCAAAACCUGUGCGGAUGUGGAGCUGGAGAGCACAGAGUGGGAGAUUAAAACCAUAACCAGUGCAAUAAAGUACUACCUCAGGAUGUUGCCAGGUCCUCUGAUGACCUACCAGUACCAGAGAAGCUUCAUCAAAGCAGCCAAACUGGACAAUCCUGAGGCGAGGGUGGAGGAGAUCCACGGCAUUGUGCACCGUCUCCCGGAGAAGAAUCGGCAGAUGCUGGGACUUCUAAUGAAACACUUGGCGAAAGUGGCCAGCCACCACCAGCAGAAUCUGAUGACAGUCGCUAACCUCGGAGUCGUGUUCGGCCCAACACUCUUGAGACCCCAGGAGGAGACAGUGGCCGCCAUCAUGGACAUCAAGUUCCAGAACAUAGUUGUAGAAAUCCUCAUUGAAAAUCAUGAACGGAUCUUCAAAGACAUGCCGGUGUCUGGAGGAGGGCAGGGCAACUCCCUUCUUAAUCUGCCCAGGAGGAGGAGUGCAGACAGCAAGGCCCCGUCCUGCAGCGAGAGACCCCUCACACUCUUCCACACCCCCAUAUUCACAGAGAAAGAGAGAGCAGUGGAGAAGAGGAAUAGUGUGGUUGUAAACUCCAGUGCAGAUCUGCCGUCAGUCAACUGUAACAGCACACACAACUGGACUCGACUCAACAACCUGUCCACUGCAGACGGAGAUCACGAUGGGCCUCUACCCAGACAGAGUUGGCCUAAUUCAUUGCCUGCAGCCCUGAGUCUUCUCUUUACUGUUGGACAUGAAACUGGUGUUGAGCGGGUAGAAUUCAAUGAAGCUGUCAGCGGAGGACAUGUGAGCCAAAAUCCGAUGGUUCGCAGCAGCGUGUCGACUAGCUGUCACACUUCAACCAGCCCCACCUCACCACGCUCCCCUUCCUGGCCGAUGUUCUCCGCCCCCUCCAGUCCUCAGCUGGCCUCGUCCACCUGCAGCGAAUCCUCCCCCAUCAGCCCUCCGCUACGGAAAGCACGUGCACUGUACGCCUGUAAGGCCGAACACGGCUCGGAGCUCUCCUUUAUCGCUGGGACCAUAUUUGAGAACGUUCAUCCGUCAAGGGAACCAGGCUGGCUGGAGGGCACUUUGGAUGGGAAGACAGGGUUAAUCCCGGAGAACUACGUGGAGUUCGUCUAGCUUUGGACUGGAAGGGAUUUGCUUUGGGUUGGAGUCAAUGAGAGGGCCGAGGCAGAGGCCCAGAAGAACCCAAAAUUCAAAAGGGAAGAGUGUGUCUGUGAUAGUAUUGGUUUCUGGUGCAUUAAUUCAAGUUCAACCCAAGGAAAAAAGGGACAAAAAAACUUUGGGAUGCUGCUGCCUUGACCACAUUCACCUUCUGAUUUAAAAAAAGGAGCUGCCCAUUAUGGAUUACAUUUUUUUUUAUAUAUAUAUAUAUAUAUAUAUAUAUAUAUAUAUAUAUAUAUAUAUACCAAUGCCUGUGAGCCAUUAUGUGUGCUCUUUCUAUGCAGUCUGGGGCUUUUUUGAAUGUCUUAUCUGUUUUUCAGAUCAUCAUAUCUGUUUUGUUUAGAACUACUAAGAGAUAAUUGUUAAUUGUGGGAAAAACUCUUGCACUCUUUUGUAUUUCAGGAAACAAUCUUAAAACAAAAUAUUUAGAAUAACCAUUGUCGUCUUAGCAUGCAAGUAAAAAGCGCAAUUUUUUUUUUAAUGUGAAUUAACAUCAUAUGCAAAUCAAUCUUAUUUAUGAUGUAUUAUCUUUGAUGAGAUUUGUGUUUCUUUCGGUGUGCAUUAACAUUGUAAAUAAGUGACAAUUGAUUAGGGGGGUGUGUGUGUGUGUAUAUAUAGGAUACUUUUGAAUUAUAUUGGAUACAUUUGAAUUAUAUUUUUAUUGUAGCAAAUUAACUUAUUUUUUUUGACAUCCAGAUUGAUCUUUAAAAAAAAAAAAA